AUGGUUUGGUCCCCUCCAGCCUCCCAUUUCAAACUCAACUUUGAUGGGGCUGCUAGGGGGGGUCUAGCUGCUAGUGGAGGGAUUAUCAUAAUCCACUUGGGGGCCCCUGUUGCUGCUUAUGCGGGCAACCUGAAUGGGCAUUCCUCUAAUCAGGUUGAAGCAAUGGCCUUAGCCUGGGGAAUCCGUCUCACCCUCACCAUGGGAAUCAGGAUUAUGGAUAUUAAGGGUGACUCUAAGCUCAUCAUUGAUGUUGUCAAAGGGCGGAAUAGGCUCAAUUGGACCAUUGAGGGAACCAUCAGGGACACCUUGAGGCUCAUCUCCGGGCAUGAUUCAUUCAAAAUUAUGCAUGUCUACAGGGAAGGCAACAGAGUGGUAGAUGCUUUGGCUGCCCUUGGCCUAAAUUUUUCUAGUUUGAGAUGCUGGAGGAACCAUAAUUCCCUCCCAGACCAUGUUAACUUCCUUCUUCAGGAAGAGAAAUCUAAAAUUCCUAUCAAUGAUUGA